AUGGCCAAUGUCCAGGACCGUGGGCCUCCGUCCGCCGCGGCCAUCGCUAUUGGUACGGCCAUUGUCGCGGGCAUUACUGGCUACUUUCUUGGCACCGCCAGGUCCAUCGGCGUCUUUGGUGGGCCUCCUCCGUCCGCGCAGCAGCAGGUCGACGACCAUUCCGACGACGAUGACGGUGGCGACGGCAGCGAUGCAGCUUCUGAAACGCACACCGAUGAUCUCGGCGAGUUGAAGACGUUCCCCGGCAGCACAGAGGAAUGCAAGCUGGUGCUCGCCGUCAGGACAGACUUGGGCAUGACCAAAGGUAAAAUGUGUGCGCAGUGCGGCCACGCCACCCUGGCCUGCUACAAGUCUUUGCUUCGCGCAGAUCCAGCUCAUCCUCUCUUACAACAAUGGGAGACAUUGGGCCAGGCCAAAGUAGCGCUCAAGGUCGAUAGUGAGGACGCUAUGCUGAUGCUGCAGGCGCAAGCCGUCAGUCUUGGCGUAUGCGCCCAAGUCAUCCACGAUGCCGGCCGCACACAGAUUGCAAGCGGCUCAGCGACCGUGCUUGGAAUCGGCCCAGCACCCAAGAGCGUUAUCGACCAGAUCACGGGACAUCUCAAGCUGCUUUGA